AUGGCCAGUCUACGUGACCUGCUAAAUCCUAUCGAAGUAAGAAAGAAAACUGUCAAACCAUCUUCACCCGAAUCAAACAUCAGCGACAAUACCGCCAUAGAUUAUCACCACGAAGAAGUACCAGAACGCGUGGAUCAUGAACCUCAUCCCAAUUGCCCGGAUUCCCUUGAUUGUCUACCGGAUACGGAUGGAAGACCACAACAUACACUUCCUGUAAUCUUGCGAUGUGCGAUCUUAGGGAGUCCACGAAAACGGCUAACCAUUCGGGAAAUAUACGCGGCAAUGGAAGGGAAAUAUCACUAUUAUAGAACAUCCGGUCCCACAUGGAAGCAAUCUGUGCGACAUCAUCUCUCUCUAAAUCGUCUUUUCGAAAGGCAGCCGCGACCUGCUACUGAUCCUGGUUUUGGAUCGUAUUGGACUGUGAAUUUGUCUGCUCCGCCAGGGACUAAGCGUCCCCGUAAGCGUGGCAGGGGAAACAAGGCCGUGCCUAAGGUAGACGCAGCAAUUGCAAGCGGAUCCAGUUCAAAUGCAAGUUCUAACCCUGUGGUGGAAGCACCUGCACCAGCCCCGGUGAGCCGUCGCGGUCGACCUCGCAAAGAAUUGUCUCUUUCACCGGUCAAAUGUGAGGAUAUGGAAGGACAGGAUGAGCUGAUGGCCUGUGACGAAGGAGCUAAGACGCCUCGUGAUGAGGAAAUGUAUGAUGAGAGUGACGAGGACCUUUUACAUCCCUUUGACCGCCGGUCUUCCCUCAUAGGUUUAACAAACUACCCAACCAACGUCCCUUCAUCUCAGUCACCUUUACCCCCUCUGGACGAAUCGAACAGCAAAACAAUUGAAAGACUAGAGUCUGAAUCAGCUGAGCUUCGACGACAAGCUUCUGAUGCUGUUCAACUAUCCAUACGACUUUCUGAUCAACUGGCCCAGGCACACACUGAAGCUUCAAGAGCACAAUCUGCUCUAAGAUCUGUGGAGGCUUUACUAGAAAAGGAGACUACUAAGCGAGUAGAGGCAGAGAAAUUGGCAGACGAUGAGAUGAGACUGCGACGGGAUGCUGAAGAGGCGUUGUGGUUGAUGGAAAAGCGCUGGGCCAACAAAGAUACUUCACCGACUUGA